AUGACAGCGCUAGCCUCAGCUCCGGCACGUGCGUCCGCCUUCUCGUUCUCAUCUCUCUUUGGUGGCGACGAUGUCUCCACAUCAAGUAACUCAACUAAGGACGACGAACCGAACACGCGCGCUCGACAGCCUCUUCUCGACGCAACUGACUGGUUCCUCACGGAGCAGGAGAUCACGGACUCGCGUGGAGGUUCGCCUCGGAAAGAUAUGGCACCGUACACGACAGGGAACGCUGUGACGUCGUUCACUGCGUCAAAUGAGUUUUUCAACUCAGCUUACGACGAACUGAGCUCCGCAAAGGAAGGUGAUCGCGUCCUACUGGCUGCUUGGACUACUGCGCUGAUUCCUUUGAAGCCCGACGUCGACCCGACAGGAGCCAAGACGCGCUUCGACAAGGUUGUGGCUGGUGUAGUGGAGCGAGGAGGACAAGUGAACAUUCUGGGUUGGGCCAGCAUCCAGCACCGCGCCAGGAUGAUCGAUGUUCGCAAGACGAUCAAUGAGCUUCCAGUGUCCCCAGUCAAUGGAGCCAAAGCGGUGAUGAUCCUGGACGAUCGUCUGCCCAAAGCUUUAUCUUCCCACCACCAGAAGACGCUGGUGAUCGCCGCAAACAGUUCGUCGGAUAAAGAUGAUCAACCCGUGGCGUAUGUGGGUGGACUGGACUUCACUACUGGUCGAUGGGACACUAUGCAUCACAACGAGUCGGCAGUUCGCGAUGCAGCCAACGUAUCAAGCGGCCACAAAGGCUGGGACGACAGCCAUCUUCGUAUCCACGGACCUGCGGCGAAGGACGUGGCGAGUAACUUCCUGGCUCGCUGGAACUCGGACUAUUUGCCGUGUCAAGGCCAUAGUGACGACCUGCUUGGCUACGAAAACCCGUCUUACGAACACAUCCCGCAACUCGACUAUGCCAGCAGCAAAACUUCCGGAAAUCUCGGUAAGUACAGCGUCCAGAUCGUGCGGACCUACAGCUGCGACUACAAGCACUACGAGUUUGCUCCCCACGGCGAGAACUCGAUCUUCAAGGCACGCCUCAAAGCUAUCAAGAACGCCAAGAACUUCAUUUACAUUGAGGACCAGUACUUUAUCCUCGUCCCGGAGUUACUUGACGCGCUCUUAGAAGUCCUGCCGACUAUCCAGCGGUUGAUCGUUGUCACCAAUCCGCAGAAGGAGAAGGACGUCUUCGGCACUGGAGGCUACAUCAAGUACAGCUACGAGAUGGUCACGCCGCUUUUGAAGGCUUUUCCCAACAAGUUCAACCUCUACACGAUCAAGACGGAUCGGGAUAUCUUUGUUCAUAGCAAGCUCCUGAUUGUCGACGACGUGUUCCUCUCAGUCGGGUCGGCGAAUUGGAAUCGUCGCAGUAUGACGUCCGACUCGGAGAUCGCCGCGAAUGUCAUUGACGGUGACACGGUCGAGUCGCCUGAUGGGGUUACGGUCAAGAAGCUGGCGCGCGACUUUCGAGUUCGUAAGUUCCAGGAAAUGACGGGACUCAGCUACGAUGAGUUGAACAGGAUGACGAUCAUCGAAGCUGCGGAUCAAUUUGAGGCGGCCGCUUCAGCCUCGGGCAAACGGAGCAUUUUGCAGCAUUUAGAGGUUCCGUAUCACGUUUACUAUGUCGCUAUUACUGACGCCGUUCGAAAAGUAGCAGACCCCCAGGAUACGUGCUCCUCCGAUUGA